AUGAUAUUGGAUAAAUCCAAUUACACUGGAGUGACAAGAUUUAUCAUUGUGGGAUUCCAGGGCACCAGGAAAUUCCAAGUUUUGUAUUUCAUCACCUUUCUUCUCAUCUAUCUACUUACUCUUUCAGGCAACAUUAUCUUACUAUUCACACUAAAGACAGAGUCAAGCCUUCACACACCAAUGUACUUUUUCCUGAGCAACCUGGCUGUGCUGGAGAUGGGUUACACCUCUGUCACUCUUCCUAAGCUUCUGGCAAUAUCCUUAGGAAGAGCUAGGGGUAUCUCUCUAACAGCAUGCCUAGUGCAGUCCUAUUUCUUCUUCUUCCUGGGUUCCACAGAAUGCUUCCUACUUGCUGUCAUGGCUUACGACCGUUAUCUGGCCAUAUGCAACCCACUGAGAUACCCAACACUCAUGUGCAACAGGAUGUGUAUCUAUUUGGCAUUAGGUUCCUGGGUGACUGGUUUCCUAAAUCCUUGCCCGUCCACCAUCCUGGUCAGCAGGCUGCACUUCUGUGGAAACGUUAUUAAUCACUUCUUCUGUGAUGUCCCCCCACUGCUCAGCCUCUCAUGUAGCAACACCCGCAUCAGCAGGACCAUCAUCUUCAUCAGCUCAGCUGUCAUCGUGUUAAGCACCUUCCUGUUGACCAUGCUUUCUUAUGCUUGCAUCCUCGCGACCCUCCUAAGGAUGACUUCCGCAAAAGGACGGCAGAAGGCAUUCUCCACCUGCACUGCCCACCUGACUGUGGUUUCACUCUACUAUGGAACAGUCAUCUUCAUGUAUGUCAACCCUGCAGGCCAGCAGUCAAUGGAAGUUAACAAGGUGGUAUCUUUUAUAUACAGUGUGGUGACCCCUAUGCUCAACCCAGUUAUCUACAGCUUGAGAAAUGAAGAUGUCAAAAAAGCUACGAAACGAAUGCUGCUGAGGAGGUUCUCUCCUGGAAGGCAAACUUCUUAG